GCUGUAAUUUCUACAGUAAUUUACCACAUAUCUUACAGUACUAAACUGUAAAACAAUUUCUACAGUUAGUAACUGUAAUUUGCUUUGCACCAUGGGAGUUUGAAGUCACGUGGUAAUUAGUUUACAGUUUGCUACUGUAGUUUAUGAAAAUACAGUAAGGUACUAUAAACUGAAAGUUACUUCAAUAUUUUUACUGUAAUUUAUCAAUACGAAGCUGUAAAGUUAUUUACGUCACCUGACAAGGAACGAUUGCAUCAGCCGAGUUACCAGAUUUACAAUUUAGUACUGUAAAAUUACAGUUAUUAUAAAAUUACAGUAAGUAGCUGUUAUUAACGGUCAUUUUUGCAUUUAAUAAUUUAGUUUGUUAAAUCCUUCAAGACGGAGAACCGCCAUUUUGUCGUAAAGAGCAGUCAUUGUAACCACAGUUCACCGGCACACGAGCAAGUGUGGGACAUACACGGGAAAGACUACACCUGCAGCGCUUAUAAUUUCUCCAGCGAAAAGACCAAGUUCCACCAAGUACCGACUAUCCAAGAUAUGGAGGUCGAGUGCAUUGAUGAAAUUCAGGGAGUGCUGCCUGAAUUGGACCAUGAAAGACUACUGGCCAUUACUGAACACCUCUCAUCUGUGGUUGGAGUCACAAAGAAAGAGGAUCUUGCCUUUCUUGAGAAGGCUGACUUUCAGGAAUAUUUGACACCAAUCCAGUGCCGUAAAUUACUUCAGGCCUUCAAACAAAGAGAACUGAAAGACAAAGUGGACACUGAAGUCAGCUCUGUGCCAAGUGGAAACGUGAUUCCUACCUCAUCUUUGGAUACACAGAGAGAAAAUGGACAGUCAUGUUUCACACCUCUUCAGACACAAUCAUAUAAUCCUGGAUCCACUCUUUUAAAAACACAAAAUUCUUGGAUCAGCCAGUUCCAAAUUCCGUGGGAAAAGAUGCCUGCUUCACUGUCCCAGACAAUGUUAAGAGGCCAAAGGGCCAGCCCAGCAGACAGGAGAGCAAUGGUGCGGACUGUAGUGUCCACUAUGCAGCAGCAUUGUUCAAACCCCAACAGAGCUGCCUGCACUGAAAUAGCAAAAACUAUUGUUGCCAAAUAUCCUUUGACUUUUGCAGACAUGAAUGAAGAAGGUGAACAGAUUGGAAUAGGGUACUAUUCUCUCAUUAACCAGCUGAAGACAAGAGUUGAACAUGUCAACCGGAACAAUACGAGUGACAGAAUACGAAGACCAAGGACAACACAGUCCAGCAAUGCUGACGCUACAAUCAAAACGUCUCGAUGCAAACUGGACAGCUAUGGCUGCGUGAACUGGCAACCAAGAUGUCUCCCGGAUGGAGAGACGGCAGAUUCUUUGGAGGAGAGAAGAAAACAAAUGGCUGCCACAUUUCAGUCUGUUGGCCCUAGAGCUGCUGACUCACCAGAUAUAGACUUUUCAAUGGAUUUGACUUACAUCUAUCAACGCCACAUGAUUAAUGCUUGCCCUCCUCCAAGUGUCUGUGAGAUUGAAGAGCAAUGGCCAUUUCUCUUUACAAAAAGAGGACUCUGCAACCACUUCAAAAUCCUCACAGGGAUUGACAUUUGUGAUCGCCUUGGAGAGGCUCUUCAGACCAAGGGGAAGAAAAUCGUGCAUUUUUUCCGGAGCCACAGUCACAAUAAAGAUACUCGGCACAUUCUUCAGGAUUUGGACAGAAACACAACAAUGCAGCGAAGCUGUCAUGGUAUAGCAGCGAUGCUACUUCUGAUGAAAUGCUUUGGCGAAAAGGAGGAGUCCAUCUUCAUUUUGGUUGAUACAACUUCAACAAAGGCGUCCAUCGAGAGGGAGAGGGCAUUACCUCCAUCACCGAGACUGCUAAUGCUUGGAACCACAUACCUUGAGGCAACCAAGUGGAUGGUGAGCAUCGAGGGAAAGGUGGCCUACAUUUUAGAUGAGGACCUGGGUUUUGCAGAUGCACUUUCUGUGUUGAUGGCAAGCUUCUAUGCUUUCAAUGUGGAAUACCAGGAGCCUGCAUGUGCAACACUGGAGUUCAUUCAACGAUUCUUCUUGAGAAUCAAUCCUGAAGAUGGGAGCAAAUGCACAGCACGGACUGGAGUUAGUCGCAAGACCGGACAGUUGGUCAAAAGAAAAUCAGCCACCAUGAACCCCAGAGUGCUGUCCUUCCUUCGCCAGCUAACAGAGUUUGAGUGGAAGAACAUGGAAUAGGACCACUGGGGCAUCAGACGAGGGGACAACAUUCUGGCCAGGUUCUUCACCCAUCAGAAUCAGUAAAAAAAACAAGCAUUAUUUCAUUCUGUUCUUGAAAACUACAGUUUUGCAGGUUUUGUAUGUUUCCUGAUGCAGCAUAUGCUCAUAGAUUGCACGAUCCAUUGCACUGUUAUUACUUAGUUUAUUAAUUCAUUUAUUAAUUUGUUAUUGUAAUAUUUUUCAAUGCAGAUUUCUAACAGCAAAUGUUGCACUGUUACAUUGUAAACAAAUGUUUUUGUAUUGUGAAAAGCAAUGUAUUCUACUCUUUCAAUUGCUGAUCCAUUGAAAUUUUUUCUGUUAAAUCAGUGAGGAAAAACAUUUUGUAAACAGCCCAAUUGCUCCCCUGCUCUGGUAGGAUUUUGUUUGCUUUAGCUUACCAUAAACAAUGUAAGUGAAUGUUAAUGGCUAGCAUUUAGCGUAAUAAAUAUUAACAGCAAAUUAAAAUAAUAAC